AUGGGAGCAGACCACGAUCACGAGUCCCGGAGGCCAAAAAAACUAAUCUUCGCCCCAGGAGACAUCCAAGCAACCCCCGACCUCAAAAUCUCAUCCUCCGAAACCUCCGACCCCUCAGCGUCCGGCUCAAACCCCCACCCCUCUGCCAUUCAUGAUGCCGUCCAAGAACAAGAACAGGAACAAGAAACCCUCCGCUCCGAAAUCUCAACUCCCGACUCAACCACCGAGCAACAACUCGUCUCCCACCCGUCCCGCGCCCACCAGUUCAUCCGCAAUCCCCCAUUAACAAUUUCUCAAAUCCACCCCUCCAACCCGCUCCAUCAGUUUCACACCUGGUUCCGCGAUCCGAGACUCACGCCGUCGCUUGCGCCGGAAACGUGUACGCUUGCGACGGCGUCGCUGCCGUCGGGACGGGUUAGUGCGCGGAUGGUGUAUUUGAAGGAGUUGGACGAAAGGGGGUGGGUUGUGUAUAGUAACUGGGGGAGCAGGGAGGGGAAGGGCGGGCAAGUUUUUGGUGCUGAUGAUGGGGAAGGGCUCGACCAUCUGAGGAAUAAAUGGGGUGCGUUGACGUUCGCGUGGUCGACUGUUGAGCGACAGGUGCGAAUCGAGGGUCUUCUGGAAAGACUUACCCGUGAAGAGAGCGAGAUGUACUGGCGCACACGAGAGCGUGAGAGCCAAAUCGGCGCAUGGGCGAGCUGGCAGAGUAAAGUCCUCUGGUCCGCUGAGCCAGACACCCUGCUUGAAACCCGCCGGCAGAGUCUUGCCGAGAAACCAGAGGUUCCAGCGGACGUGGACGAGACGGAUAUCCCAGAUGGGCGUGCUGUGCUAGAGCAAAGAGUAAACGAGGUGAGGGAAAGGUUCAAGGAUAUGGAGGAGAUUCCGCUGCCACCGUUCUGGGGUGGUGUUAGGUUGGUGCCGGAAAGUGUGGAGUUCUGGCAAGGGAGGAAGAGUCGGUUGCAUGAUCGGUUUCGGUAUCAAGAAAAGCAAGAACAGCCGCAACAAACCCACCAACCACGCUGGCUCCUUCUAGCCAUCGCCAGCGGCACCUUUGCCGCCAUGAAUGGGGUAUUCGCCAAAUUAACAACAGAUACGCAAACCGCCUCUCUGACAAAAUUCCUAAAUCCCAAUGGCAAUUCCACGCUGGAAUUGGUUAUCCGGGGUACCUUCCUCGCCUUAAACAUGCUCAGCAAUAUAAUAAUGUGGGCUCUUUUCACACGCGCCCUCACCGCAUCCCCCUCCACAACCAAAGUCUCCAUUACCAAUACGUCGGCGAAUUUCCUGGCUACGGCGAUGCUGGGGAUGCUUGUUUUUAAGGAAUCUGUUGGUGGACUUUGGUGGGUUGGGGCGGGGAUGAUGGGGGUUGGGUGUAUUCUUGUGGGGAUGAGGGAUGCUUAG